AUGUAUGAAGCAGACAACAGGAAUGAGUGCACUGCCUGCAGCGACGUUUUCCCUGAAAUGUCAGUUAUUAAUAUUCAACAAAGGUUAUGUAACAGAAAGAAAAUAUAUCAAUGCCUGGAGGGUGGGGAAAGCGUCAGUCAGAAUUUCAGCCAUACUUCCAUUCAAGGAAUUCAUUCAGAGGAGAAGCCAUGUAAAUGUCUGAACUGUGGGGAAAGUUUCAGCUAUAGUUCCAGUCUUGUUUCCCAUCAAAGAAUUCACUCAAGAGAAAAACCAUAUAAAUGCCCCGAGUGUGGAAAAAAUUUCAGUUCCAGUUCACACCUUAGUGUCCACCAGAAAAUUCACACAGGGGAAAAACCAUACACCUGCCUGGACUGUGGGAAAAGCUUCAAGACUAGAACAGAACUUACUUCCCACCGAAGAACUCACACAGGGGAGAAACCAUAUAAAUGCCUGGAGUGUGGGAAAAGCUUUAGUCAGAGUUCCACCCUUACUGUCCAUCAAAGAAUUCACACAGGGGAGAAACCAUACAAAUGUCCAGAAUGUGGGGAAAGCUUUGGUUACAGUCUUACUGUCCAUCAGAGAAUUCACACAGGAGAGAAACCACAUAAAUGCCUGGUAUGUGGGAAAAGCUUCAGGCGCAGUUCACACCUUAGUGUUCACCAGAGAAUUCACACAGGGGAGAAACCAUACAAAUGCAUAGACUGUGGGAAAAGCUUCAGUCACAGUUCACACCUUAGUGUCCAUCAGAAAAUUCACACAGGGAAGAAGUCAUAUAAAUGCCUGGAAUGUGAGAAAAGCUUCAAGAGCAGUACAGAACUUACUUCCCACCGAAGAACUCACACAGGGGAGAAACCAUAUAAAUGCCUGGAGUGCGGGAAAAGCUUUAGUCAGAGUUCCACCCUUACUGUCCAUCAGAGAAUUCACACAGGGGAGAAACCAUACAAAUGUCCAGAAUGUGGGGAAAGCUUUAGUCACAGUCUUAGUGUCCAUCAGAGAAUUCACACAGGGGAGAAACCACAUAAAUGCCUGGUAUGUGGGAAAAGCUUCAGGCGCAGUUCACACCUUAGUGGACAUCAGAAAAUUCACACAGGGGAGAAGUCAUACAAAUGCUUGGAGUGUGGGAAAAGCUUUAGUCACUUUGGAUCCCUUACUGCUCAUCAAAGAAUUCACAUAGAGGAGAAACCAUACAAAUGCAUAGAGUGUGGGAAAAGCUUCACUGAGAGGAAAAAAUUUACUUCUCAUCAAAGAACUCACACGGAAAAAACUAUAUCAAUGCCUAGAGUGUGGGAAAAGCUUCAGUCAGAGUUGGACUCUUAA